GUGCAGAGCAUAUUGAACUGAUGAAGAUGAUUGAAUGGCCACUGGCUCCAACCAACAUACACCUGCAAUUUUCCACCCACCCAAAGACUUGUGCAUAUUUUAUAAUCAAUCCUUAUGCUACUUAUGUGGUUGGUGAAUCACUGGAGCUUCUAAUUAUAGCGAAGGACCACAAGGGUCAGACAAAGAAGUAUGGUGGAGAUUUCUUGCAUGUGAAGCUUUACUCUUCGAGUAUGAAGGCUGGAGUAAGUGGCUCUGUUGAGGACAAUCAUAAUGGUUCCUAUACAGCCAGAUUUAUUUUUCAGUGGCCUGGAGAAACUAAGAUCUCUGUUAGACUCAUGCAAUCCAGUGAAGCUAUCGCAAUUUUGCAUGAGAAGAGGGAUUCACGACCAGAUAAGGUGUUCUUUAAAGGCUACUUUGAAAAAAAUGGGACUCGUGAAGUGGUUGAAUGCAAUUUCGACCUGCCUGGGCAGGAUGUCUGUGAAUAUUAUGAUCAACACAAUGGAGAGAAGUGGGUGUGUCAGCGGCCAAAAGUCCUCCCCUGCGAUUCAUAUCGGGACCACUCAUCAGGAGGAAACCGUAAGAUCCUAAGCAAACAUGAGCAACCAUUCUUCUCAAUGUCACUGAUUGACAAAGAAAUCCCAUCAAGCCUUGGGUCACUUAACGUCUUACCUCAGAAGAAUGUCACAAAUAGUACAAAGGUUCCAUGUGUCCCUGGACUAAAGAAUCCAAACCCCUCAGGAUUUUAUUACCAAGAUGUCUGGAAGUCUCUGGUCUGCUCCAAUGAACCAUUUGACGAUCAUAAUAAAGCAGCAAAAUGCCUUGCUGGGAAGAUGGUCUACAUGUUUGGAGACUCUACACUUCGGCAGUGGUGGGAAUACCUAGUGAAUUUCAUACCAACUUUAAAGGAGAUCAAUCUUCAUGUGACUCACAACCCAGGUCCACUGUUAGCCACUGAUGCAGAAUUCAAUUAUUUGGUCCAAUGGAGAGCCCACCAGAAACCUUUACGCAUGGAACGUGCCGCAGUACAAGAACUACGCUACAUUGCUUCAGAGUUGGAUAGGUUGGGGGACCGCAAAGGGAUGAUCAUUGUGUUAACGUGCUGGUCCCACUUCCUUACCUAUCCCGUUGGAGUCUACAUCCAAAGACUACAUCACAUUCGAGAAGCCGUAGCGCUCCUGUUAGAGCGCAGCCCCGAGACAAAGAUCCUCAUCAAGACGGCCAAUACUGGUUACCGAUUUGACCAUGGAAGUGACUGGUUAUCAUUGCAGCUGGACACUUUAAUGAGGGCUAUGUUCUCCAAGCUACCAGUUACUAUUCUUGACGUUUGGCAGAUGACCAUCUGCCACCGAGAACCUGAAAACCUCCACCCUCCCAAGGUCAUUAUUAAAAAUGAGGUAGACUUGAUGCUUUCAUUUAUAUGUCCUUAG